AUUGCAAAAAUUCUACAACCACAUUCGAUGUCCACACACACCAUUUCAGAGAGCUCCGACACAACGGAGUCAGUUAACCUAGCACUUCCCCAAAGAAAUAACUCGCACCGGAGACACAUUUCCCUCGCUCAAAGCCUUAUCAUUCGCGGUCACAUAUCUCACAGGAUGUCGCAAUUAGGACCAGAAACGACGACUGCACCGAUUGAUGCUCCUGUUGAUCAAAGCACUCCCGCUGCGACCGCUCCCGCCCCAGAAGCUCCUGCAACAGUAGCACCGCCUGCUACUGCUACACCAACAGCCAUUCCUGCUUCUACGACUCCAGCGCCAGGUGCUCCUACUCCAGCUAUUCCCGCAACCAGCACUCCUUCUUCGACCGUUCCCCCUUCAACUGUUCCACUUGCAGCAGCUCCGUCGUCCACUACGCCAGUUCCAGCUGCUCCGGCUACUGCUACACCUGAGCCAGCCGCUCCGGCUCAGUCGCAAGCGACCGCAACGCCUACCAGUGGUCAAGAUUCUGCUGUGCAAGACAGUGCCAAACAGACUUCGGCUGCUACAACGCAAGACGCGGCCCCUACCGCUGCGGCCCAGCAAGUGCAAAGCGUCGAAGAACCUCAAGUUGCAACUGAACAAAGCAAUGAAGCGUCUGCACAGACAUCUGCCACCCAAGAAUCAGUUGUAGAUUCAGCUCCUUCGGCGCAGAGUGCCCCACAAGAUCAACAAAUUUCUGUGGGAACAGCUGAAGCUACCGAGAUUCCCUCUGUGCAAGAUGCCCCACAACCUCCUGUCACAGAUGCAUCCCUUCCUGCGAGUGAGCCAACAGUCCCAGAACAGCCUACUGUGGACGAGUCGGCGGUCGCAAGUGAACCAGCUAUCGUAGAUCCAGCUCUUAAUAGUGAGCCAGUUGUGACAGAGCAACUACCAAAAAUUGAACCAUCUGUGGUGGAUCAGGGUUCUGCUAGCCAACCGCCUGCUACGGAGCAACCAACUGCAGAUGUACCAUCUGUUGCAGACCCAACCUCGGCCGGUGAACCUUCUAGUAAAGAACAAACUGCCAUCAGCGAGGCGCCUGUUGACGCACAGCCUUCUGCCGAAGAGCCGAAUUCAGGUGUCAACACUGCGAUAGUAGAUGAGAAACCCUCGGCUGAGGCUGAUUCUCAACAGCCUGCAUCAGAGCCCACUGCUACGGAACAGCCAUCCCAAGAUUCUACUACGGCAGAAGUACCUGCAGUCGACGAAGGGUCUGCCAGCACCCAGCAAUCUGAUCUGGCCGAUCAAACCGACUCUGCAGCUUCGGUGUCAGCGACCUUUGCUGACGAGACUCCACUUUCAAGUGUGCAGGGUAGCAAAGAUCACACAGUGACCCAAAGUGGUGUUGGCGAGGACUCGGAUAAGAUUGAAUUUGCAGACGCAAUAGUUGACUCGAAGUCCUCUGAGCCCACCGGAAAUGAUUCGACCGCUGUUCUUACGGAUCCCGUCGUUGACGAGCCUACAGCGCCUGAAGAAGGUCCUGUUGACUCAAGCAUCACCGGCUCGAACGAUGCUGUCGCCGGUGAGGACCCAUCUUCCAUAGAUGCGCAGGCGGAAUCCACCGACAACGCCGCAGACUCCUCCGCCGCAGAGAACCAAGACGGCGAGGCCACUCCUGACCCUGAAGAAUCUGCCCCCACCGAUUCAACGGAAGCUACAGCUACUGUCAAUGAUACAGAAACUACGGAGGAUUCGACAAUCACGCCUGUUGUCGCAGAUCCCUCAAGUGCCACCGCAACACCUGAGCAAGCGAGUGUGCCUGUUUCUACCGCGGUCGAAACUAGCUCUCCCGCAUCGAAAUCGGUGCCCACCCCUUCCCGCUUUGCAAAUGAUCCUCAGUUUGAGGCUACUAUGCGCAUGUUUACGAAUAUCACCAAUCAAGGGCUUACCCAAGAGCACAUCCACAGCUUGGUGCAUGUUGGUACUUUCGGAUUGGCCAUGCUGGCUAAGAUGUCUGGUAUGACGGCUGGAUUUGAAGACAACAACAAACCUCGAAAUCAAUAA